AUGUCCCAUCACCACCAGCAUCACCACCGUCGUCGACAACGGCUCACUCCCUCCAACGCCGCCGCCUCGUCCUCUGCCGCCUCCCUCACCCCGUCGACAGCACCCCCUUCGUCCCUCGCAUCCGGCUCUCGCCAGUUCCGCGGCGUCAAGUCCAUGCGAGAUCUCAUCGAAGCUCCCGCCAUCACCGCUUUCAGGGCCCGUUUCGAGGCCGGCCGCUCCUUUGACCUCGACGACGACCUCGAGUUCUGUCCCAAUCUCCUCACCGAAGACGACCUGCACUCCAUCCACUCCCUGGCCGCCUCGGACCGCAGCUCGCUCGGAAGUGCCUCUCCAGACUCCUCCCCCUUGCAACACCAGGUUCACCCUACCUCUGGCCUCGUGCAGCAACACAUGAACAUGAACAACAUGCACAACAUGAACAACAUGGCCAUGAUGGGCAAGAUCCAUCAGCCUGCCGCCGUCAGGACGCGGAAUGCCAUCCCAAUCGUCAACCCGAGUACCGGCAUGAGAGUCUCCAGCCCACCUAGAUGGUGA